AUGUUCUCACAUAUAUAUCAGCGAAGAGAGCUCGGAGUGUUUUAAAACAAAAUUUCGAUACUGUGAUAAUUAAACAAACCAAAAAGUUCAUAAAACCUAAAAAAAAAAUAAUCGCUAAAUAAAUGCUGGCCAAAAAUUUGCGUGUAAUUAAAACAACAAGAUACAAAAAAUAAAAACAAAAUUCACGAAAACCCAACAGCCAACUAGAAAAACAAACAAGCAAAUCAAACUCCAAUAAAAACACCAUUUAAAUUCAACACCAUUCGACGGAGCAGCAACAAAGUUGGCCGUUUGGGGAAUAGAGAAAUUAUCAUUUCGACAAAAACAAAUAAUAAAACGCGUUCGCCAUCAUCAUCAUCAUGCUGCAAUCUAUGAAAUUGCGUACAGAUCAACUUUCCGAUGCAAAUAGUAACAACAGCAGCAGCAACAACGUCAACAGUGCCAGUAAUACCAAUAGCAACACUAACGCCGGAGUAGUAAUGGUGGACAAUGGUCUUGGCACAACCACAGCAACAUUAAAUCCUAGCCAACUUUACACAGCCACCAACAGCAACAACAACUCCGGGACAUUGUCAGCACCUGUUGCCCGAAUUGUGGCAACACCGGGGGCGGCAGCACUUGCCACAGCUCAUGCUAAUGGACUUGGUGUAGUUGUUUACGCUAAUAACACUAACAACACAAACAGCGCCAGCAACAACAACAACAUCAUUGGCAAUGGCGACAGUAAUGUUGGCGGCAUUGGCGUUGGCAUUAACAAUAACAAUAAACAUAUGAUGAUGGUAAACAAUAAUCAUUUAAAUAAUCUACAACAACAACAUCCCCUGCACCAACAGCUACAUCAGUAUCAGACCAAGUAUUUAGAGACUGCCAUUGCUGCGGAGACAACAGCAUCGGCGGCCACAAUUAAUUCAACCAAAGUUACAACAUCGUCGAAAACUUUUCAUCCCUAUUCGCGUCCUCCACCGCCCACAGCAGCAACAGCAGCAGCAUCGGCAGCUGCCACACCGGCUUUGUGCUUAUCGUCCUUUGGCUAUGCCACACAAAUAAAUUCCAACAUUGGGAAUUUAAAAACAAAUUCUGCUACAGCUGUAGAGACUGCAACAAACAACAACAGCGCCAACAACAACAACAACAAUAGUAGUAGUAAUACAAACACCUCUCCAGCAUCAAGUGGAUUAUUAACUUUCCCAGUGCCACCAACAACAUCAUCGUCGACAACAGAAUUAUCAUCACAGUUUCCAACAGCUACACAAACAUCGUCAGGAACUUUAUUAGCCAGCAGCAACAACAAUAACAACAACAGUAUAGAACAUCAGCAACAUCACCACCAAUCCUCAGAAACUAAUCCCAAUGCUCUACCAACAACAAUGACGAGUGGCAGCGCUGUAGGCGGCAACACCGAUGAUGGACAUACAAAUGCUGAAAAUAUUGAUUCUAAACCCGAAUCUACUAACGACAGUUUAGCUUUGGUACCAUUUACACCCAUGGAAUGUUCUGAUAUGUCAACGGCCACUGAUGAAUUUUCGAAGGACCAACCGGAUCCGGAUACGAUAAAAAUGUUUGUGGGCCAAGUUCCAAAGGCAUGGGAUGAAACGAAAUUGCGUGGACUCUUCGAGCAGUAUGGGCGGGUGCAUACGCUGAAUGUGUUGCGUGACAAGGUUACCAUGAUGAGCAGAGGAUGCUGUUUUGUGACGUACUAUACACGUAAGGCUGCUUUGAAGGCGCAGGAUGCUUUGCACAACAUCAAAACUUUAGAUGGGAUGCAUCAUCCCAUACAAAUGAAACCGGCCGAUAGUGAGAAUCGUAACGAACGCAAACUUUUCGUCGGCAUGCUGAACAAAAAAUACAAUGAAGCCGAUGUGAGGCAAUUGUUCACAGGACACGGCACCAUCGAGGAAUGCACGGUGCUCAGGGAUCAAAAUGGCCAAAGCAAAGGAUGUGCUUUUGUAACAUUCGAUACCAAACAGCAUGCAAUUGGUGCAAUUAAAGCUUUACAUCAUAGCCAAACCAUGGAAGGAUGCUCGGCACCGUUGGUGGUAAAAUUUGCCGAUACACAAAAGGAAAAGGACCAAAAGAAACUGCAACAACUGCAGGUGGGUUUGUGCGGCAUAACGGCCCUAACCACACCGACCGCAGCAGCACCACGGGCUGUGCUCGGUGCUCUGACAGCUGCUGCACCGGCAACACCUGCCCUCAGUUCAGCCACACAAUUGGUCUCAGCCACACCAGUGGCCGCCGCUGUGUCUGUGGCAACGGCACCGCGGCCCAUUGCCUCAUUGGCUACCAUCUCAGCGGCUCCUGCCUCCUUACCCGUUUCUGCGGCGGCCGCUGGCGGAGCUUCAGCCGGAGCCGCACUCAUACCCACAUCGACGGCUAGCAUGUUUGUACCCACACCCACCAGUGCCACACAACCGGUCUCGCCCUAUCUGACCACAGCCGAUGGCAUGUUACCAAAUUCGGCAGCCGCUGCCCAAAUGCAAAUAUUCCAACAAUUGCAGGCGUAUGGAUUACAGCCGGCUCAUUACUUGCAAGGACUAAAUUUCCCACCGGAUCAUAGUACCACAGCUGCUGCCGCCUCAAUAUCGGCCAAUAAUGCUGCCGCAGCAGCCGCCGCCGCCGCUGCAGCAGCAGCAACAGGCGCCACAGCCACCAACAACACUGGUCCUAGCAAUGGAUUACUGGCCUCUUCCCUAUCCAUGCAAAAUCUGGUUGCCUUAGCCUCUAUGAAUCAUGGUUCAGCGGCCCAGCACAAUGCGGCGGCGGCGGCCUAUGCCUCCCAGCAGGGUGGAAGCUAUGCCAGUGUACCGACGAGCAAGGCUCUUACGGCGGCUGUUAGCCAUCCCCAUGGUGGUGGGGGUGGUGGUGCUGUCGGCGUUGGUUCGGGCAUUCAUUUGGCUACGUCGUACGCGGCCACCGGUCAACAUCAUUUGGCUCAUCAAACGGCAACAACGCAACAACAACACCAACAACAACAGCAUCAAUUGCAACAACAACAACACUAUGCCUCAUUGCAUGCCCAUCAUCCGCAUGCAACCAUGGCUGCCAUGGCAAGUGCAGCAUCUCCAGCUGCAGCAUAUGCUGCCCAUUUUGCUGCCGGUAAUCCUGCAGGAACAACACUGUGGACUGGUGCAGAUGCUCUCACAUCACAGUAUGCCCCAACGCUUAAUCCACUGACCAACGGUGCCUAUGCUGCCGCGACCGCACCACUUGCGGCUACAGCACUGCAGGCAGCCGCUGCUGGUGUGGCUGGAAAACAAAUUGAAGGUCCCGACGGCAGUAAUCUCUUUAUUUACCAUCUACCUCAGGAAUUUAAUGACACCGAUCUCGCUUCAACAUUUCUGCCAUUCGGUAAUGUCCUAUCGGCCAAAGUGUUUAUUGACAAACAGACAAAUCUAUCCAAAUGUUUCGGUUUCGUUUCGUACGACAAUCCCCAUUCGGCUGGAGCAGCCAUCCAAGCGAUGCACGGAUUUCAGAUUGGCACCAAGCGGCUCAAGGUGCAACUAAAACGUUCCAAAGAUGCGGCAAAGCCUUAUUAGACUUAAUGAGAAUGCGUAUGUGUGUGUGAGAGAGAGAGAGAGAGAGAGUGUGUGAGAGCGCGGUUAAGAAAUUAGGAGAAACACAAAAACAAAACAAAAAAAUUAAAAAUGUAGUUAAUUUUGUAAUUUAACUAAGACAAAAAAACACAGAAAAAACAACAAACAAACAAAUGUUAAAAAAAUUCAUUCUAAAUGUAAUAUGAGUGCCUUUAGUCUUAAAUAUUAGAAGAAGAAAAACAAAAAACAUAAAUAUAUAGAAGUAAUAUUAACAAAUAAUUAAAUAAUAAUUUAAAUAACCAAAGGACCAAUAAUUAAAUAUAAAAUGUUUUCUUUUUUGUUUUUUUUUUAUUUUUUGAUUUUAAUGUUGAAAUAUUUAUAUACAUAAAUGACACAUUGUUUGAAUAAAGUUAAAUAUAUCUAUACAACCACAAAAGAAAAAAAAAAACAAGAAAAACAACAGCAACAAAGAAAUAUGUAGUAAAACCAAAGAACAUGAAAAGAGAAAAGAAAUAACUAAAGAAAGGCAAAAAUCGCCAGAGAAAAAAUAACAAAAAAAAAUACAAAUGCAUAAGUCAUAUCUUAUUAAAAAUUAAAAAGAAAAAAUAUUGACUUUUUCAAAAAGUGGUCUUGGGUUUCAUUUUAUCCGAUCCCAUCGCCUUGAGUUGGUACUGCUUUAAACAAAAUCCUGUUUUUGUUAUAUUUCAUAAAUUUUAAUGUUAUAUUUUCUCAUAACCCCAAAAAUCUACAACUCCUCCAAAAUUUAAAGAGCAUAUUUUUUGUGGUCAACAAAAAACGAAAAAAAAAAAAUAAA